GAAAUCGAGACGGGUACAAUAAUUUUCAUUGCUCUUAUUGAAAGAGUUCUGCUCUUAUCUUCUGACACUCGGAAGGGAAAAAAUCGAUGACGCGUUCGUGUUCAACUGAAAUGCCGGAUGUUAAAAGCGGUACUGUACGCAAUUUUAUCGAAUAUUGGCAAGUGUCAUCGCAAUUCAUUUCGGGCAAAUAUGAAAUAUAAGUGUCUUAGAAAAGAUUCUAGCUGCAAGUGUUUUCAAAGUUUCUAUCGUGAUACCGCAACGCUGGGUUAAAAUGAGGAGAAUCAUUAAGUACCACAUCUGUGUAGGCGCGAAUCUGUAAUUUAUAGUCAAAAUAUUAUCCAUCAUCUUCGAGCUGAAGUAGACAGUCUAGACAACGCUCGCUUUGCGAUACUGAAAAUGAAAAAAGUCUUGUAUGGCAAAAAAGUCGAAGAUAUUAUUGUGGCCGUUGCUCAGUCCAGUGGCAGUGCAAUUUUCCAUCAUCGUUGUGACGUUAAAGAAAGCCUCACCGGAUUGUAAAGUGUGGAGUUCAGUUUUUGAGACCACGCGCACUGAUACAAGAGUCGAGACAAAAUCGUGCAGUCAGAAAGAGAAAGUCAACGUUUGCGAGCUUAACUCUGGGCGUAUGCACGGAAAAACGUCGUCUACGUAACAGGUCAAGAACUUCUUUCAACAAAACAAUAUUUUCAUUUGUCAAUUUCAAUUCGUAAGACGUCAGCAUCGUCAGGACGAUAAAUUUUAGAACAACGCCGCGGUAACAGGUCUGUUCGAGUCAACAAGUUAUUUAUUUAUCGCCAACAAGCCGUUGACAGAUUGACAUGAAUUGUCCACAAGAGCUAAGAGGCACUGCGAUGAAGCUACCGCCGUACCGGGGUCGAUUAUAAGAUGCUCUUGAGAAUAUCACGGCUGUGCGGAACACAUCAGCUACAAUGUUCAAAGCAUGGUCAAAAUUCUGGGCAAACAGAGCAAGAAAACGCAGCGAAGAAAAACAGCGGCAAUCACAACAUAUCGAAGACACAUUCUCGGAACGUCUAGCGAGCAGAAGUGUCGCAGGAAAGAGAAGUUCUAAAAUUGACGUUGGUUUUACCUCUCAACAGAACGUGAAUAAGGACACCGAGGAUGGAGAACGAAGGCCAACGUUUUCAAGAUUUUUGAAACUGUGGAAAGGUUUAAGGAAUUCAAAGAGACGAGCUCAAAAUGAAAACGAAGAGACGACAAGGGCCGUUGUGUUCACGAUCCCCACGGAAGACGUUUUUCCAAAGACGAAUGCAAGACACCAAAACUAUCAUCAAGAUGCUAUCACGCAGACAGAUGGUUUUCAGACACACUUGUGCGAAGUGCAUCGAGUGACGCAUGACGUCUUCGAAGGCUACAGAAAUCAGGAUUUGCACGUUCUAGAGGAAGAGGAAAACGAAACAUGUCAAGUGGAAACUGCGACGGAAUCGUCAAACAACAAAAGCGGAGACACAGAAAACUGUGAAAUGGUUGCGGUUGUGGAAGUGGGGAAAAAGACUGAAGUUCCAGUGAGGAAAACUAGCAAGGAAAAGCAUAUACAAGACAAAGAUGAAGGGAAAUCGUCAUCCAAAGAGAGCGACGUUGACUCGGGCUGCGGCUCCUCGUGUCAUGAGAUGUAUACCACGGAACCCCUGAUUGCGCACGCGCAAUUGAGCGUUUCAUCGUUGGUUUACUGUCAUGCGCAGAGAGCCGAAGAAGCGACUGAGGGUGAAUUUUUGGGCAAAAACCCUGCGAGCUUUUUCGAAAGCAAAGGGGUCGAAAAGAAAGCAGAAUUUGGCCACGAACUGUGUUCGAGUCUGGAUGGCGGCCCUACCCAGCAACAGGAGAUUAAAAAUGAGCCUGGAGACGAGGCAAACACCUUUGAGGAGUUAAUACAACUUGCAAAAGACGGCAUGAGCACUCUGGCACGAAAACGAGUCGACAAUUCGGGCAAAAAGAACAAGAGCUCUGAUAGUUUUGAAACAAACACGCCAGGAGUUCGACAUUCCGAUGAUGAAAUCACCUCGACGGUCAAAAACGACAAACCUCGAAUCAAACUUGAGGAGAGUUUUAAAUCAGGGAUUUAUUCUAAUGUUUGUCCGGACGACGAGAUUAAACGUGCGGCGUCUACUUCCUCGUGCUUUGGAGAUUAUCCUAAAACCGUUAAAGCGUUGCAAUGUAAACCAAUUGAAAGACAAUUUGAUGUAUCAUCGGCUUUAGGUAUUACUCUGCCGUGUGCUACGACUGGCGAAACCAAUUUAAACGCGGAAGGAAGCCAUUCCGGUGUGUCCGUGGACGAACCUCUGCACUCUACAACGAUGGUGGGUAAGAAUUCAAGCUCUGGUGCUUAUCUCGUCGAAAUACCAACAAUAACGUUCGAGUCGGAAUCAGAAACGGCGAGUGACUCUUUACGAACGACAACUGAGUUUCCUGAAAAGCACUGCUUGGCUAGCGCACAAGAUACAUCACGUCAGGAAGAUAGCAAACAGCUUGAAAAGGAACACUACGACAAGCCUACAGUGUGCGACUUAAAAGACACUCAAAAGUCUGAAACGUUUGAAAAAACGACAACAUUUACCGUUAAGAAUUCAAGACAGUUUGUUGUUAAACAGUGCUAAUGUUAUCAUAGAGAAGACAGACAGGCCAAGAAGUAUGAUUUUACCAUCACACAUCGGGAACAGCAUUGAUAAGCCUGUGAAAGUGCCAAGUCUUGAAACACUGCAGUUGCCAUCUCGUGGACAAACUGCGGACAAUUCUGGUAGGAUUCGGUCGUUUUCGGCGACGAUUCGUCGGAAGUUGUCGUUCCGUGAACGGAUUAGCUCGGAUGAUUUAGAUCUUGAAAAGCAGUGCCCCGAUGAUGCUAAAAACAAGAAACUCAAAGGUUUCCGUAGUUUUCGAAUUAACAAGAAAAAAAAGACGAAACCGUUGAAAAAAGAUGAGAUCAGUUAUUCUACUGGAUGUCUCUCAGAUUCCAAGAAAUAUCUGUCGACCAUUGAUAAAAUUUUCCACGAAAACACAGAAAGCGCUUUAUUCACUGAUGUUCCAUUCACCAUUCCUGAAAUCUCGGAACAAUAAGAUAUCUUACUCAAGCAAAGAAACUUCAAACUUUAGAUGCACAACAGUAAACUUUACACUGAGAUUUUUUUGACAUGACAGGAUGUAAACAUCUUUUUUACUUUGAGUUGAAUUCGAAAACACGAUGUUUGCAUUUCAUUUAGGAUAACUUAACUUCAUACUUUUAUUUUUAAUAUGUUUGUACAUACAAAAUAAGUAACAGUCGAAAGUUUAAUUUUGUAAAUCAAGACUGUGGUUUGUAUAUAAGCGUUUGUGCAUAAAGUGCAAUUUUUUCAGUAGAAAAGAGGCUGUAUUUUUUUAAAAAAGUGUAUAUAACGGAAAGUUGUGUGUAUAGAACUAAAACGAAAUACAUUCAAUCAAGCAGGUUUCAAAGUUAAUUGCUCAAGAAAAUUCAGUAUUGUUUAACCUUGUACAAAUAUGCCAAUGGAGCAAAUGGAUAUCCAGCAAUAAUUUCCAGAAUGGUAAUAAUUCUAUGUCCAGAAUCCACGAACAUAAUCCCUGAGUUUAAUUCUUUAGUAUAAGUAAUUGGGUAAG